AUGGUGCAAGAGGGGGACAAGAAGGGGAAGGAGGGGGACAAGAAGGGGAAGGGCGAGGACAAGAAGGGGAAGGAGGGGGACAGAAGGGCGAAGGGCGAGGACAAGAAGGCGAAGGGCGAGGACAAGAAGGCGAAGGGCGAGGAGAACAAGAUGAGGGACACGGAGAAGAGUGCGAAGAAGGGCCAAAAAAAAGGCUCACCGAUUCCGGCUCCCCCGACCCAACCUUCUACCUCGAAGAAACGACCAGCACCUUCCAGCGAUGAAGAGGGCGAAACACUCAAGCAAACGACCAAGUCCCCAGCCCCACACCGUCCCGAUUCUCCUAUGGAUAUCGACCGACCUACUCUCACCCUACCGAAGCCGCGUGACCACGAAUCACUGAGCAACAGCGACAACGAAGGCAACACUGACGACAACGCCAUCCCUCCCCUAGACCCCCUCUGCAGUCAGACGACGCCAUCGAAAGAUUUGAGGGCCGAUAUCGUCAGACUCGUCCAAUCUCACAAGACACAAACUCUCCUUCUAAACGAAACACACUCGAAUUAUCGCGCUCUAGUUGAAGUGUCGGACAAGACAAAUGCGAUCAACGCGCAACUUCGAGAACGGCUUGAAAAGACCGAGGGUGAAUACGACGAUCUGCGAGGCCGAGUCAGCAAAGUCGAAGACGCCAACAGUUGGCUUAAGGACGAAAACAAAGAACUCAGGCAGGAGAAUAAAACUCUUCGAACUCAACUCGACGAUCUGAAGCGUCGCUUCGCGACGAUUGACGAGCUGCAGAAGAAUGUCUCGACCCUUACUGAACGGUUGGAUUGUAUGCUCCCGCCCAAGGACGGUUCUCCUCCCACCGUUCCUCCACCACAACAGCCUUCUUGCAAUCACCAUAGCUCCCCGCCUCAGCCUCUACACACCAAUCCACCGGGUAAUGGAAGUCAAACCAAUCAUGCCCCCACCCCUCAGCUUCAAGUAACUCGACUGCCCGAUCUCCCACCACAGGGGCCACCUCAGGUUCAACCCACCCCUCCCCCGCAAAUUCUACCGCAGAACUCCUCUCAAUCGGGCGACCUCACAGGUCAACCCACCCCUCCCCAACAAAUCGUGCCGCAGAGCUCCUCACACCCACCACAGGGGCCACCUCAGGGGCCACCUCAGGUUCAACCCACCCCUCCCCCACAAAUUCUGCCGCAGAACUCUUCUCAAUCGGGCAGUACCGGCCUCACAGGUCCAACGUCGCAGUACGCGCCUCAAAAUGUUCCGAACGCUGGGUUUAUGUCUCAAACCACCGCUCCUCUUCCCCCCCACCCUCCGCCUUCAAACCCCUGGGGUCAAGGCCUGUCACCGAGUUCGUACGCAGAUGCUCCUAUCGACCUGCGUACCAUGUCUAUUUCUCAACACCGUCCCCAAGGCAGAGCAGAACAGUCGAAUGACGAGCUCGGGCAGUUCAGCGAGGAGGACUACGCGAUGUUCAAUGAAUUUGUCCGAGAGCACCACAUGAUGAUGCAAAGCGGUUCAGGUAGUGAAAUCUCUUCAAUGUCUUCUCAUAACGCUUCUCAUACUCCGAGCAACGAGUCCCACUUUGGCGAAUCCUGA